UGUGAGGCUCACUCUCUCACAAGUAACACCAGGUAUUAGCAGACUCACUCUCUCACAAGUAACACCAGGAUCAGUUCUGCUGCGCUGGGAAGACAUGUUAACAAUGCGUUCACUGGCUUGUACUACAGCACUUCUAGUGUUGGUGCUGCUGCCUCUAACUCAGUCGACGUCUCAGUGUGCACAGGCUUGUAUCGCGCUGUACGCUCCUGUGUGUGGCACUGAUGGAGUCACCUACAGCAAUUCUUGCUUCUUGGGCAUUGCGGCUUGCGAGAACCCUCAACUUAAUCUACGCAUCGCCCAUCAGGGCAAAUGUCGUAAGUUUUGACAGUUGUGUAACUGUU